AUGGGACGCAGAUCAAAGAACAAGCAGGCACCUCCCCAGCCUUUGCCUGAGGACCGUCCAGUCAAUAAGGGCAAGCGUAAGGCUCAGGAGUCCACAGCUACUGUCAAGAAGGUCAAGACUGCCACAAUCAGCACUACAACCAACACAAAAGCAGCUGCCUCUUCAAGAGCUGCCGCAAACGGCUUGGCACGUGCUUCCGCUUCAACAUCGAGGUCCGCGAAGCCUUCCAGCUCCAAGGCUAGCGCAAAUGGGAAAGCGAAGGCCAAGGCUCGUCCUGCACCGGUCGAGGUAGAGGAGGAAGAAGAAGAGGAAGAUCAUGACGAAGAAGAAGAGCUAGAUGAUGAGGAGCUCGAGGGUGACGAUGAUGAAGAGCAUGUGGAUGAGAUGGACGAAGAAGAGGAAGAAGACCCACUGGCAGCUUUGGGUCUGCCUAAGAAUGGCAAGCUCACGGAGAGGCAACGCAAGAAGGCACUCGCAGAAGCUGAGCGACUCGAAGAGCUCCUCAAGAGCCAAGGUCUCUCUCUUGGCUCGGAUGAUGAGGGGGUCGACGGGGCUGGUGAAGGAUCAGAUGAUGAUGUUGAGGGCGCAGAGCAGGAGCUCGGAGAUGUGUUCGACCUUGGUGACAAAGACGAGGAAGGCGAGGAGGGUGAUGAGGUGGAGCUCGACGACGAGGACCGCCAAGAUUUUGAAGAUGGUGACGACGACGAGGGUGACGACGAGGUCGAAGGCGCCGAGUUUAUGCUCCCAACACUGGAAGAGCGCCAAGCCGAAAAGAUGCGUGGUGCCGACCUCCAGCUGGUCCACAUGCGCAUCCAGGAAAUCGUCACAGUCCUCUCCAACUUCAAGAAGCUCGCUGUUGACGGCCGUUCGCGAUCCGAAUACGUCGAGCAGCUCCUUGCCGACAUCUGCACAUACUACGGCUACAACGCCUUCCUUGCUGAGAAGCUCUUCGAGCUCUUCACCCCCGCCGAGGCUAUCGAGUUCUUCGAAGCCAACGAGACUCCACGACCCGUCACCAUCCGCGCCAACACCCUCCGCACAAGACGUAGAGAUCUCGCACAGGCACUCAUCAACCGUGGCGUCAACUUGGAGCCUCUUGGCGCAUGGAGCAAGGUCGGAUUGCAGGUCUUCGAGUCGAGCGUUCCCGUCGGCGCUACACCCGAGUACCUCGCCGGACACUACAUGCUGCAAGCUGCGUCCUCCUUCUUGCCAUGUAUCGCACUUGCUCCUCAACCCAACGAGCGUGUGCUUGACAUGGCCUCCGCCCCUGGUGGCAAGUCGACCUACCUGUCGGCACUCAUGCAGAACACGGGUACCGUCUUUGCCAACGACUCGAACAAGAACCGUAUCAAGUCGCUCGUGGCCAACAUCCACCGUCUCGGAUGCAAGAACGUCGUUGUUUGCAACUACGAUGGUCGUCAAUUCCCCAAGGUGAUUGGCGGCUUCGACCGUGUCCUCCUCGACUCGCCCUGCUCUGGUACCGGUGUCAUUCACAAGGAUCAGUCUGUCAAAGUCAACAAGUCCGAACGCGACUUUGCUCUCCUCACCCACCUUCAGAAGCAGCUCCUUCUCUGCGCCAUCGACUCGGUCAACCCUCGCUCGAGCACAGGAGGAUACGUCGUCUACUCGACAUGUUCCGUCAUGGUGGAGGAGAACGAAGAGGUUGUGCAGUAUGCAUUGCGCAAGCGCAGCAACGUCAAGAUUGUCGACACCGGCAUCCAAUUCGGCAAGGAUGGAUUCAAGUCUUUCGGUCGAUCCAAGUUUGACGAAAGGAUGACAUACGCUCGUCGCAUCUUCCCUCACGUGCACAACUUGGACGGUUUCUUCGUUUGCAAGCUCAAGGUCAACCCUCCUUGCAACAACAACAAUGCCGGUGUCAAGAAGGAGACCAAGGCAUCAACAACAGCCGCCAUCGAUGACGAAGAAGAGCAGGACGCUGCUGAAGAGGCGGUAGUCGAUGAUGGAAUGGUCUCUCUAGAUAACCCCGAAGAUCAGAAGCUGAUGCAAAAGUCGUUGAAAAAGGCAAAGGGCAAGUCACGUCGCUGA